AUGGUUUCUCGGAUUAUUACAAAAAGGGCUAUCCAUGCCAAAGCUUCCACAUAUUCUCCAAAAUAUCUUACAGCUUCACAGAUAGAUUCAUAUAUCCCCACUUAAAAUUACUAAAAACAUUAAAAUUAUCAAAUAAUUCCCUAUAAGAAACAAAUGAUCCAUAAAAAAUCAAGCUUUUAUCCUCUAUAACUAAUAAUAACACCAAUGGGUUCAUUAUUGCCCGUCAAGUUUUACCCCCUAACAUCACCAAUAAUCUCCAACGCUGGGCGAAAGAAUUAGAGGACCUUCCAGAGACUCCAGGAAAGUGAAUGAAAUAUUUCGAAGAAGACAAGGCCAAGAAAUCUCGCCUUUUAUGUCGCAUAGAAAAUUUUUUGCCUUAUUUCCCUGAACUUAAAGAAGUCGCCUUAGGGUUGAUAACUGAUAUCAGUUCAGAUUUGUUUUCUGAGCAGGCCGUCAUAUACAAAGAAAAAAUCAAUUUCAAAUUCCCCAAAGGAAAUGGUUUUAAUGCACAUCAGGACCAGCCAGCCUUCGUUAGUUUUGGAAUUUCGAAGCUUUUGACGGUGCUGAUGCCAAUUGACCCUAAUACAAGAUUAUCUGGUGGGCUUGAUAUUGUUCCCCAGGGACAUAUCCCCAGAGUUAUUUUGCCUCAAAACAGUGAUGGGGCUAUAAGGACUGAUGUUGAAGCCAAGCUCAACUGGGCUCCUGUUGAUGCUGAGCCAGGAGAUUUGGUGAUUUUUGAUAGCUAUACUCCACAUAGAAGUGAUAUUAACUUGAGUAAUUUCUGUAGAAGAAACUUGUAUUUGACUUAUAAUCCGCUGUCUUUAGGUUCUUUGAGAGAUCAGUAUUAUGAAGAAAAGAGAAGAUCAUUCCCUCCGGAGUGUGAGAGAGACCCGAAUAAAGAUUAUAGUGCUGGCGCUAAAGUUUUUAAUGUCGCGAAUCCAAUAAAAUAA